AUGGGUGACACAUCGCAAGUCGAGAAGAGAAUAAUCACUCAAGAUGAAGAAGACCAAAUAUGGUCUUGGAAUGCAUCACUACCGCCGAAACCUCACCUUCCGAUCACCCAAGUGUUCUCCGCACAAGUGAAUCGCUCCCCUGAUGCACCCGCCGUCGACGCCCCAGACGGUACGCUAACAUAUACGCAACUUGAAGACUACUCAACGCGUCUAGCUCGACAUCUCCGCAUCACGCUCGAUGAUAUCACGGCCGAUGAAAUUGUUCCAAUUUGUUUCGACAAAUCCAUCUGGCUGAUCGUCUGCAUGAUGGCUGUGUCGAAAGCGGGCAUAGCGUAUACGACUCUUGAUCCUGGUAAUCCAACGGAGCGAUUACAUGCGUGUCUAGCCACGAUCAGCCCUCGGGUGAUGUUGGUGGAGGAAAAGUUCAAAGGCAGAUUUCCUGGAGAGGGUGAGAUGAAGCUGGUGGCGAAUGUGUCGGAGAUAUGCAGUAGUAGCUCUAACGUGGGAACGAACGACAGAUCUGAUCUGCCUGUUGGCCAACCCGACGAUCUUGCCUACGUAUGCUUCACAUCUGGGUCCACGGGCUUGCCCAAGGUGGUCCAGCAUACGCAAAGCAGUGCGGUUUCAAACGUGGUCCAUGGUCAUGGUUAUGCGGCCAACAGUCGCGUUCUUAACUUUGCCUCCCAAGCCUUCGCUGCCAGCAUUGUCACUACAUUGAAGACGCUGUGCAACGGUGGUUUACUGGUCCUUCCACCAGAGCGUGAGCGCAUGGGCGGUAUAGCAAACUUCAUCACCCGAAAAGAAAUCACGCGGACAUUUCUUACGCCCACGCUGCUGAACCUGUUAAAACCGGAUGAGGUGUCUUGUCUACAGUUUCUGACUGUGGGUGGUGAGCCUGUUACUCAGCGUCUCAUUGAUAUCUGGGCACCGCGGCUAUCGCUUGUGGAGGCCAUUGGCAUGACAGAGGGUGUGGGUAUUGCCAAUGCCAUCGACAUCAGCGGAAAGAAAUGUAGAGCGCGGCAGUUCAUGACGGGUUGUGCCUGGAUCGUGGAUCAAGACGAUGCGAACAUAUUGGCGCCAAUUGGAGAAACGGGAGAGCUACUUUUCGAAGGAUCAGCGUUGUGUCAGGGGUAUCGAAAUGAUCCGGAAGCUAAUGCAAAGGCAUUCAUUGUGGGGCCACCGACCUGGGCAGAAAAGAGGGGAGUAGAGAGACCACGUACAUUGUUUCGAACCGGAGAUUUGGCAAAGUAUGUGGAGGAUGGCGUUGUCCAGAUCGUGGGGAGGAAAGACACGCGUGUCAAGUUGCACGGGCAGCGUUUCGAGCUAGGAGAGGUGGAAAAGUCCAUGCUUGAUUGUCUACCACCGGGAGUGACAGUUGCAGCGGAGAUUGUGGAGCCCAUGAGCGGUACUGGGCCUAUGCUUGUUGCCUUCAUUCACGGCCUAUCCGCGGAGUUUCCCAACGAGGUUAAGCAGCUGAGAGAGAAAUUAGCGACUACACUUCCGGAUCACAUGGUACCUCGCGGAUUUGUGGAGCUAAAAGAACGACCACUGAACGCAUCCGGAAAACUGGAUCGGAAGCUUUUGCGCAAACAAGCUGCCGACAUGCAACUGAUUGAAUUGGUAAAGCACACCGGUUCUCUAGAUAAGGCCUCACCAGUAACUUUGCAAGAGGAGACGAUGCAAGGUCUGUGGAGUACCGUAUUAGGUCUUCCUAUCGAGUACAUCGGAUUGCAAGAUGAUUUCUUCCAUCUCGGUGGCGAUUCUUUGCAUUGUAUCAAGUUGAUCGCGGAAGCACGAACGCAGCAUAUUUGUGUUUCCAUCGAAGACAUUCUCCGACACCGGACCCUUCAGGCUAUGAGCAAAGCGGCCAGCUUCGGGGUUAUUGACCAGUCGACCAAGCGAGAAAGCGAAGAAUUGACGUACACGAUAAAUGAGAUUGCGCCGAGUAUUGCACAGGAAGAUGUCGAAGACAUCGCUCUAGCAACAGAUUGGCAAGCUUGGUGCAUCGGUCAAGGUCUGUUCAAGUCUCAUGGCUGGCAUGACUACAUGAUCUUCAGGUUUUCUACAGUGCUGGAUGUUGAGAAGCUGCGGUAUGCUUGCCAACAGCUCAUAGAGCGGCACGCGCUCUUACGAACAGUCUUUGUCCCAAAGUCAAGGAAGACUUUUCAGGUUAUCCUGAACUCAAAAGCUUACCCAUUCCACUUCGGCCUUAUCAAAGCGAGCAACGGCCAGAACGUGGAUGAGCUUGUCAAGAACACCAUUGAGCGUGACAUGAAGCGACAUACUCAACUCGGUGAUCCUUUGGUAGCUUUUACCUUGGUACAAAAUCCCGCGGAAAACACGAACCAACUCGUCCUACGAAUCUCUCAUGCUCAGUACGAUGCAUUAAGUCUUAACAAGUUAUGGCGAUCAUUGGAAGCAUUGUAUCUUGACAAGACACUGGAAGUUAUUCCCUUCACCAAGUUCUCGGCGGAAGCUUCUCUAGCAAGUAAGGAUUCCGAAUCCUUCUGGAAAGUGGCUCUGGCCGAUAGCACGAUGAGCGAAAUUCGUCCUCAAGCCUUUCCCAGCAUUGAUUACCCCAUCAACAGCGCCGUCAAAGCAAUCAUUCCAUUGGUGGACUUGAAGAAUUCCGGGCACACGAGUGCGACCGCCGUUCUUGCCUCCUGGUCGAUCGUAUUGUCGAAACUCAUAAACAAAGACUCUGUUGUGUUCGGAUACAUAAUCUCUGGAAGACAUCUUCCCAUGCCCGGUGUCUCCGAGAUCCUCGGACCAUGCAUGAACAUUCUACCUUUACGUACCAAUGUCGUAUCCACUGCGUUGACCUCAUCGCUCCUCAGCUCGGUUCAGGCCGAUUAUCUCAAAUCACUUCAGUACGGCCAUCUCGGGCAUUACCGCAUCAUCGAGAAUUGCACCAACUGGCCUCGGUGGACGCGCUUCUCUACAGUGGUCAACCAUCUUAGCUUCGAGCUCGUCAAGCCGCCGUUCUCCGGAAUUGCUGACUGCGAGUUUAGCGUUUAUGAACCCGAGCAUGACAAAGCUGACCUUUGGCUGCAAACGUUCGCUCGCGAUGACAAGCUAGAAGUUGAGUUAAGAUAUUCCACAAAGGCUUUCUCGGAAGAUUGGGUGAAGACAGUAUUGGAUAGCUUCAUAAAGGCAUACCAACAGCUACCUGAUGCAUUGGAGCGGCCACUGUCUGAAGCUCUUCCUCAGCUGGAUAUGGUUGCGCCACGUGAGGGUUCUACCAGCCGUGAAGAAUUGGUAAAAGAUUCAUCAAUAUCAGCAACAGAAUGUCCCAAAGCUUUGGAGGAGCUAGUGCUAUCUGCUUGGGAGUCAGUAUUGGGAUCCGACUUCAGGUUACAUCCUGGAUUCACAGAUAAGACCCCCUUCUAUGAACUCUGGGGUAACAGUGUAGCCGCUGCCGCAUUCGCUUCCGAAUACUCAGAGAGGGGUAUUCAUAUGAGUGUUGAGGAGAUACUGAGCUGCCCUUCUAUUGCAGAUACCAUGUCGCAUCUAUCAGCGCGUUUGGAGAGGAAUACUGGUAAAACUAGCUAG